CCGGUCUAUUGGAGCGGUUGUCAGGGAAACCCGCCUUCAGCAGGACUGUUUCAGUGGAAGGUGUUCAGUUCAGCUCUGUUCUGCUUCAGUCAGAUGACAGACCGCCGGUAGCCGCGGGUUUUCGGUGAAUUCACGUCUUUUCUUUCGGUUCCGGUGACUUGAAGCCCGGUCCAACAUGACCCAACAGGCCGCGGCUCUGCAGACCUACAACAACGAACUGGUCAAGUGUAUCGAGGACCUUCACUCCAGACGGGACGAGCUGAACCGUCAGAUAAAUCAGGAGGAGGAGGAGAGGGAGCGUCUGCAGCACGACAUCGGCGUCCUGACCGAGAAACUGAGCCGAGUCAACGACAGUCUGACGCACAGACUGAGCACCAGGGCCACGCUGGAGCGAACCAUCGCAGAGAGCCAGGCCGCAUACACCAAGAUCCUGGAGAGUUCCCAGUCCCUCCUCAGCGUCCUGAAGCAAGAGGCCGGAAACCUGAGCAGAGCCACAGAACCACGCAGACGGGACCACUGACUGGGACCAGGACCCAGGACCAGGACCCUGAACCAGGAGCACAGCCACAGAACCACGCAGACGGGACCACUGACUGGGACCAGGACCCAGGACCAGGAGCACAGCCACAGAACCACGAAGACAGGACCACUGACCUGGACCAAGACCCUGAACCAGGAGCAGAGCCAAGAACCAUACAGAUGGGACCACUGACCGGUACUGGGACCAGGAACCUGAACCAGAACCAGAACCCUGCUUGCCCUCCGUUCAUGGCCCGUUCUUUAAUAUGUGAUUGUUUUAUUGCACAGAACUUAUUUAAUGUAAAUUCUAUAAAUUUUCCAAUAAAAAUGGUGUGACUUUUAUACGUAAAAGCAGCUGAUUCCAGUUU